AUGGCUUCUGAAGCAGUGCCUGUGUUGCUGCUGGUCUUCUUGUUAGGAUCUACCUUUGGGAUAAAGCUGGAAGGAAAUGGAUACACAGACGUUCUGAUUGCUAUUAACCCAGUUGUGCCUGAGAACCCACUGCUCAUCGAGAGAAUCAAGGAAAUGGUGAGCAAUGCGUCAUCCGUACUCUUCACAGCCACUGAGGACAAAUUCUACUUUGAAGAGAUAACAAUACUGGUGCCACCAAACUGGUCUCAAGGAGACUAUGGAAGAACAAAGACUGAAACCUAUGAAAAAGCCAACAUAGUCAUUAAUGAGGGAAAUCGUGCAUAUGGAGAUCAACCUUACACCCUGCAGUAUGGUCAAUGUGGAUCUGAGAGCCGGUACAUUCAUUUGACCACUAAAUUCAUCUUAGAUGAUGAACUCAUUAAACUGUAUGGACCCAGAGGUAAAGUCCUUGUGCAUGAAUGGGCUCACCUGAGAUGGGGAGUUUAUGAUGAAUAUGAUGCCGGUCAGCCAUUCUACAAGGGUGCACACAGUAAUAUUCAGGUUACAACAUUCUGCUCCAAUAAAACACACAACAGUGAGGCCCCUAAUGCACAGAACAGGAUGUGUGACAACAGAGAUGUGAUGGACGUUAUUUUCACAAGCUCAGUGGAUGCCAAAGCCAAUGUCCAGCCUCUGAAAGGACCACGUCCAGCACCUAGGUUCACUGUGAUACAGAGGGGACAGAGAGUUGUCUGUCUGGUCCUUGAUGUUUCAGGAAGUAUGGGUGAGUUACGCAAAAACAAUGGCAAUACAAUGGGAGAUGAAAUCAUCCUUUUAACUGAUGGGGAAUCAGAAUUAGAUUGUGCGUCUGAGGUUAAAGAAAGUGGUGCCAUUGUAAAUACAAUUGCUCUUGGACCAAGCGCAAACAAAGAGUUGAAAAUGAUGUCAGAAAUAUCAGGUGGGAAAUAUUUCUAUGCAUCUGAUAAUCUGGAUCAAACUGAACUUGUGAAUGUAUUUGCUUCACUUACCACAACCAAUGGUGAUUUGACACAUCAAACAAUCUUGACUGGAGAUUGGACAUAUACCAUAAAAAAUACACUGUCAGAUCAGUAUAUAACAAUAACAAUAACAAGUUGUGCUGUCAGUGAAGCCAUACCUCCAGUCACGGUCAAAACCCACAUGAGCCAACAGUCCAUUGAUGGCAGCAAACCCAUGUUGGUGUAUGCAGAGGUCAACCAGAAAGGUGUUCCAGUGAUUCUGGCAGAUGUGAUGGCCACACUGGAGUCUGAUGCUGGGGACCAUUAUCAGCUAGAACUGCUGGAUAAUGGAGCAGGUGCUGAUGCUUUUAGAAAUGAUGGGAUCUAUUCCAGAUUUUUUACCACUUCUAAAAAGGGAAGAUACAACUUGAAAGUGAAAGUGCAGAGAAAAGACAAAGGGAAAAAUAAUGGACAAGUUAGAUUGAAGAGACACAGUGUUGCCCCAUAUGUACCUGGAUAUGUCAUCAAAGGAAAAGUAGUGAUGAACCCCCCAAAGCCCCCAGUCAGUGAGGAUGACCUGCAGGCUGAUGUGGGCAGCUUCACCAGGACAGCCAUAGGAGAGAGCUUCUCAGUCAGUCUCRCACCUGGUGUCCCCCCUCCAAAUURCCCCCCUAACAAAAUCACAGACCUGAAUGCAGAGAUAGAGGAGGACAAAGUGAUGCUCACCUGGACGUCACCUGGAGAGGACAUGGAUCAAGGCACAGCUGAUUCCUAUGAGAUCAGAGUCAGCAUGGACUUGGAAGCCCUGAGAGGAAAUUUCAUUGGAGCACAUCUAAUGAACACCUCCGACAUCCGACCACUAGAGGCAGGCUCUACAGAGGAAUACUCCUUCCUUUCCAGUUACAUCAUCAAUGCUGAACCAGAGACGGUCAUGUUCUUUGCUGUACGUUCUUGUGACAAGGAUUCUCUGAUGUCUGACAUGUCUAAUGUUGCUAAAGCCACAAAAAAUCCCCUGUCCCCGUGCUUCCCCUCUGCUGUCUCCCACCAUCUUCACCCCAGUCUCCCCCCAGCCCCUGUCCCGGCUUCCCCUCUGCAGUCUCCCACCAUCUUACGCCAGUCUCCCCCAGCCCCUUCCCGUGCUUCCCCUCUGCUGUCUCCCACCAUCUUCACCCCAGUCUCCCCCAGCCCCUGUCCCCGUGCUUCCCCUCUGCUGUCUCCCACCAUCUUCACCCCAGUCUCCCCCCAGCCCCUGUCCAGACCACAUUAUGAAAUCUCGCUGUUUGUGACGCCGGCGCCCAACAACCUGCCCGCUUGA